UUUGAAGCCUUUCAGGCAGCAACCGAUCAAGGAAAAAAGCCAGCAGACAGCAAUGAGUGAUGGUGAAACACGAAAGUAGUCGAGGCAUUUGUGGAAACAGGAAGCAACGAGGGAAAAGCAAAGGAUUAAGUCAGGCCGUUCGGGCGUCAGAAGACACACCUUGUUGAAUGUUUUUAUACCAUGGACUAUAAUCGCAAACACAUUUUACAUUAUGGAGGACUUUUGGCGCUCUCCAGUGAACUCGGAAGCAAGUCUACAUUGAGCGUUGAGUCGUUCGAAUUGACGCACAAAUGAGAGACGGUGGGGGUUUCAUAAGGGGCAGCUACGCAAUCUUGGCGAUUAUGUUAGCUUGCUAGCAACAUGAUCUGUUGUCAUUUGUUUAAAAAAUAACAUACGUCAUUUUGAAAGUUUUGAUUAUCUAGCUAAAAGGAGCGAGCCAAUGUUUUGCGAAUUCCAUUCUCAUAUUUGCUGUAAUUAAAUCAACAUGACUUUCCCUCAAACAAACAUUCCUACCCGUUAGCUUCUAGAUAGCUAGCUCACCACUGUCAAUAACCAGCUACUGUAGCAUGGAGGGAGAGAUGCAAGUGUUACCAUCGGAUCACUGUUGCAUAAUAACAAAUCGGUGUUGUAUCUGUAAAUCGCAUCCAUCUCUACGGUGUCGCAAAUCGACUUUUGACACCUUCGUUCAGUGCGCUGACAUAAUGGAUGUAAUUUGAUUGACGGAUAAAAAUAAAAGGAAUUUCAAGACGCGAUGGAGUCUAACCCCGUAAUAAGUGCCAUGGACCCGUCCAUCACGUUGUGGCAGUUCCUGCUGCAUCUCCUCGAGGACGACAGCCAUAGGCACCUCAUCUCCUGGACCUCUGGGGACGGGGAGUUUAAGCUGCUGGACGCAGAGGAGGUGGCACGCCUCUGGGGGCUCCGCAAGAACAAGACCAACAUGAACUACGAUAAACUAAGCAGGGCGCUCCGAUACUACUAUGAUAAGAAUAUCAUCAAGAAGGUGAGUGGGCAGAAGUUUGUCUACAAGUUUGUGGCCCACCCUGACCCUUCAUCAGUGGACUGUGUCAGAGGCGGUGAGGAUUCUCAGCAACAGGAGAAUCUUGAUGCAGCGGGCCAGACCAAGUCCCCAGGAGGGGGGUCUUCUAACUGCCCCUCCAAGAACCUCCAGAUGCAGCGGUCCUCUCCAGUCUCUGUCCAGCGCAGCUCUCGCAACGACUACAUGAAGUCAGGGCUCUACUCCACCUUCACCAUCCAGUCCCUCCAAGCCCCCUGCAGGACCUCUCCACAGCCUAUAAAGACUGAGCUGCUGAAUCAGGACUCUUCCCCCAGACCCCACAGCGCUGACCGGACACUGCGGGAGGUGAGGGACCAUGACGAGGACCUCUCCAUUUUAACCAUGGUGUGUCUGGAUGGCCAGAGCUCCUCCAUGCAGGGCUGUGGCAGCGUAGAGAGUAGCCUGCAGGUCACACUGACUCAUCCCUCGCCCUGCGCCACGCCUGCCCUCAGCCCCCAGACCUUGUCAGUGUCAACCACAGGCAGCUCGAAGUCUCAGCCACAGAAGACCCAGAACCUAUGCGACCCUCCUCAGAUCUAUCUGACCAGUGUGUCGGACCCUGGCUCCCUCACUCCUCUGACCCUGACCCCGGUUGCUGUACCUGGGGCCCCGGGGGAGUGUGUGGUGAACCAGCCUCAGGGCCACCCUGUCUUUGUGGUCAUCAAGCCCUCACCUUUGGUGCACUCAAAAGAGCAAAACCUCACGUCUGAAGAGGACCUGGUUGAGAUCAUGACCUUAGAGGAGAAACAUGUUGUAGAGGUUCCUGAAUCUGCAUCAGGACCAAGGGAACCUGAAACCCCCCUCUCCAUUGAUGUCCUCCCACCCUGCGUGGAACCAGUGGGCCAGCCUGUUGGGGAAGGGGAGGAACAAGGCAAAGAUGAGGCCCAUUUACCAGAAAAUUCCAUGACUCCAGCAGUUGCUCUUCAAGCGGCUACUCAUCCAGCCUGGUCGCCUCAGGAAGUACAACCCCCGAAAGCCAAGAAGCCCAAAGUCCUAGAACUGCCCUCCUCCUCAACCCUCCUACCCCCUGGUCUGUCACUGGAUCAGGUCAAUGCUGCCGUCAACAGCCUCCUGGCCCCUGGAAGUGCCACCAACACUCUGACUCCUACAGUGUUUACCUCCCAUUCUCUGACUCCGGUAUUACUGACACCAAGUCCUCUCCCCUCCACCAUCCACUUCUGGAGCACACUCAGUCCCAUUGCUCCCCGGAGCCCGGCCAAGCUCUCCUUUCAGUUCCCCUCCAAUGGAAGCAGUCAUAUCCAUAUCCCUGCCUUGAGUGUGGACGGCCUGUCUACUCCUGUAGUGCUGUCGCCAGGCCCACAGAAACCAUGAGGAGAGUCCUGGAGUCCUUCCACAGUCCUGUGGACAUUGAUUCCCCAGUUCAGCCUAUGGGACAGAAGGUACACUCCAUGACCAAAUCAAGUACUCCAAGCCAGAGUGCACUCAUGAGUGGAGAUCUACUGUCCGGAGUGCUGUUGAAUGAAUGAUUUUUUUAGCAGUUGGAAUCUGCAUUCAAAGAACCUCAUGACGGGCUAGCCCAGCGGUUCUGGAUCAAGGCCAAGAGGUGGUGUUGGCAACUUUGAAACUUAGAGGGGCUACUUUUGUUUUCUUUUUUUGUUGUUGUUGACAGAUAAGGAAUUUUUGGUGCGUCUCUCUUUCUUUGUCGAUUCAUAUUUUUGCCUCAAAUUUAAAUGGAUAUAUUUUCCUGUUUUAUAAUUUCCCCCAUGACAGGGCACUUGACUUUAUAGAUUAAACUUUGUCCAUGAAAGCAUUAUGGUAGUGCUUGCCCAUUGCUUUACAUGUAAUUGGUUUCUUAUUCUCUAGUACUUUUCAAAUGACCAGUUACAUGAAGAAGAGAUGGGUACCUGUAGUGGUACCAUACCGAGUGUUUUACUUUGAGAUGAACUUGGAAGGCAUGUUGAUGCUUGAUGCUGUUUUUUUUAAAGAAGCCAAGUCAUCUGAAACAUUUUAUAAUCAUGGUAAAGAAAUGGCGCUUACUAUUGAUAAUCUCAUGGCUGGAUUGGAACUUUUAUUCUGGAAAAGUCGAGCUUUUUACAUUUUUAACAUGAAAACCAGAGAACUAGUGGAUGUCUUUUAACGAUUCAGAUGAAAACAUUAAAAUGUAUUGUUUAUUUUGAUGGAGAAUCAGGUGUGAUCACGUUCUAUUGUUAUGUGAAUUUGAUAGUCGGUCAUGUUCACUGUCCAUUCCAGGUUUUUUUUUAGGUUUAAUUACUAGUUAAUUAUUUUGUUGCCAAGAUGGAACAUUGGUUCUGGAGUAUCAUGUGAAACUUCACCAAAGACCAGCUGCAUUGAUUAAAUCCUAUGUAAUUUUAGAGAUGCAGUGGUAGCCUUCAUUCAUGCAAGGGCUAUAACACCUUAUAAUGCUACCAAAAUCACACACAGAAUACCCAGUUUACUUUCAAAAUGGAUUUAGAAAAGACGAGGUUUGCUAACAUAAUUGUAUACUAUCUCAUUAUGCGACAUGGUUGAAGACCAAGUAUAACUUACAAUAGAUCAGGUUAUCAUAGAAAAUAAAAUGGUUAAGCUUUUGAUCAGCUUUGAUUUAAUUUAGUUUUUACUGAAAACAACUUGGUCGAUUUAUAGAGAUAUUUGUCCACUGGCCAUUUACAUUUUUACAUUUGCAAACAAUUGGAAAUGUUGACACAAUUAUUUUAAUUUAUUCAAAUAAUGCUUAUAGCAAAAAGCUUAAAAAGCUUUGUUGGUUGAUUAGCAAUUAGUGUCCAACAAUUAUUUUUGUACAUUAAAAGAGUACAUAUUAUACUCUUAAGAGUGCAUUUUAUAAAGUUCUGACUCAUGACAUUGUUAGCUCAGCUUGCUCCUAGUUAAAGGAGAUGCAUUAGUAUCCUUAACAACAGUCCAGCUUCACACCAAAUCCCCUUUCCAAAUAUACUUACUGUACCAUCUAAUGAAGUAGUGUUGUCCUUCUAGAGUCAGUAGACUACAGUAACUUGUUAUUGGCAGGGCUCUUUUGGUUUGUUACUGUACUGGAGUCUAUAAUGUAUAUCUGAAUUCAUUAAUAAUAUCUGAAUUCAUUUAAUCAUCUUUUGUAGUUUGAGAGCUUGUAAUUGUUGUCUAAUCGGGGGCUUAUUCAGGACAAAUUAGGCUUUUAUUUUUAUUUUUUUAGUGUUAUGUCUACGGACAAUAUCUGAAAUUGUAUUUAAUGAGGUGAUUCAAUCAAAACACAACUAGUCGCAUUUGGUAUUUCAUUUGUAUUGUUACAUUGGGAUAUUUUAAAUCAUAAUUGUAAUGUGUAUCUAAAAACAAAUUUAAAAAAGAAAAUAGGAGUGCCUCAAGAAUAUGGAAUUGAACCUAACUGUUAACCAGUUAGUGUUUUGGUUGAACCCUCUCCCAGAAUGUAAUGUGUGUCUCUUCAAUCACUGCUCUGUGACUAUGUUUCUCUGUGAGCCUGUCUAACCUCUGGUUUUAGUUACAGGUGCCCAGCAGAUCCGAGGAAAUAGGCUUCAUACGAUUACUAAGCAACCUUUAGAAAUGAUGUCACAUCUGCCCACUCAAAAGCACUUAAAAAUAAUCCUAGUGGAUGUUUGGCUAUUCUAAGUACCUGCUUCACUCUCUUACCCUACUUCUAGUCAAGUAAAGACUGUUGGCCAGUGAUUUCAUGCAUAGCACUUUACCUUGAACUUAACAUCACAAUGUCAAAACCCUCUUUGAGGGACUGACUUUUUUUCUACUUCAUUCCUAGUCACAAUUGGCAAAACAAUUAGCUAGUAUUGGAACAGUGUGUGCCACUCUCAUCAAAUCAGUUACCCUUCACUGUUUGGUAUUCAUACACGUGAUCAGUCAUUCAUACAUGUAAUCAGUCACUAACGCCGAUGUCAUGGUGGUACACUUACCACAAGAAUAUGCCUUUUUAUUAUUCAUCAUGACAUGGGUCCAAAAGUCAUUUCUAACGCUGAUCACACUAUUGCAACUGAACGGUUAUAAACAAUAGUUCUAAAUAUACAUGCAAUCUAUUCUAUGACAAUGCGCUUAGCAAUGCCUUGUUGGCUAGACUGUCUUUUUGUGCAGAGUGUAUUUAAUAACAAAAUUGUAACAUCAUGGAAACAAGAAGGUUAUAAAUGCCUCUGUAUAUUUUAACAUCCUACGCCCCAGUCUGUAGCUUUAUACAUCUCAGGCUGUGUUCUGUUCAUGAUAUUGCUGUCUUUUAACAGUCGUGUGCUAAUAUUAUUCGAUUGUAUUACCUGGGACUUAAAAUGUACUAACCCCUUCUAAUUCAAACUAUAUUCAACUAUAGUUUUGAUAGUUUGUGUGUAAUAUUAUGUCUCCGUGGUGUAGCUCCAGUACCUUGUUGAUACUUCUGCCUGUGUAUUGCUACAGUACUGGUGAUGCAUCCUGCUCUAGCCUAGCAUGUUUGUGUUGUGUAGGCAAUUAAAUGAAAUGUGUUUUACUAUUGACCAGUCACUUUUAUGACAUGAAUGUUGAUGGAUUGCUCAAAUACCUGGCCUAUUUCUCAGUUUGACAGCUGGGGGAUUUCCCCAGACCCAUGGGCUGACAGUUUAAAGCAGACGGGAGCAACAGUGGUGGGAUAGUGAUGUCAUAGGUUUGUGAGGGAUAAAUGGCAGCAUUUUACAGAAGAGAGAGACUGCUACUGAAAGAUUAUGUUUGCUCAGUGUUGGGGCAAAAGCCUUUUGAUAAAGAAGUUGUCCGCUUUGGACACAAAUGAAAACUAUUCUUGGAAAUACAAGCCUAAAUGAUAUACCUAAGAAUACAGUAUGUUUGUCUGCAUAUGAAUAAUUGUCUAUACAGAAAUGUAUUGCUUUUGUAAAUGUGUUAUUGCAGUUUUAUCACGUAGAUACAGCGCUCUGCUACGUUUCUAUGAUAAGAGGAUCUGACUGUUUUGUGCUAGAGGUUAUUCUACUGCAUAUAUGGACAUAAGCCUUGUAAUGUGCUGUAAAUAUGUUCUAAAGGCAUCCAUGUUUAAGCUCUUUUCAGAUAUGGAUAACAUGAAAAUACUCACUUGAUCCUUUCGUCAUCCCAAUUUUCAGAUGGCACAUGACCCACUGGGCACAGACGUCAGUUCAACGUCUAGUUUUGAUUUACAUUUGGUUGAGUUGUCAACUGAUGUGAAUUCAACAACAACAAAAAAUCACCAUGUUGUUGGUUAAAAGAUAUAUAUUUUUUAAAUGCACUUUGACCUUUUUCAAAUUCAAUCAGUUUUUCACGUUGAUUCAACGUCCUCACAAUGACGUGGAAACAAUGUUGAUUUAACCAGUUUUUGCCCAGUGAGGAGGAGGUUGUUCAUCAUGUGCUUGUCUUCAACAUACUGGCCUGCUUUGUCCCAGUCCCAUAGUCUACACAUUUUAGCAUUUUGCUGUCUCAACUCUCCUGAAAACUGUUCAGAAAUCAGUUAUUAAUGCUGCAAAGCAAGUUUAGCUGAACUAAUAAACUAUGAUAUCUAUCUAAUGUAAAUUGGAUAUAAAUGCACCAGGCCAUUCUGAACCCUCUUCAUACUGUUGAUAAUAUACAGCAUGUAUGAAUUUGAUCAUUCUUUUUUGACUACCAUGCAAAUGAUGUAAGAAAUGAAUUAGCCAAAGCCUUAAAGUUAAGUUUUCGGACAAAUGGAGAUGAGGAACAUUUGGGUGUUAAGUAUCCAUUUAUGCAAGUGAGGGAUUUUUUUGAAACGGGUGAGAUGGAUAUUGUGAAGAAAAGCCAUUUAUUGGAACAUAUUUUCGCCCACCAGAAGUGGGAGAAAUUAUGAGCAUCUUGAGUUGCUUAGAAGUUCGAUAAACUUCAGUAUUUGAGUUCACCACUUCUUUCACCAGCAAAAGAUGUAUUGAUUGUCUUUUUUCAAAGGAGGGAUAUUUUACUCUGCUCAUGAGUGCUAUAGUCUGAAUGCCACACAGACACACAUUGUCAAUCAUCUCAUUGUAACUUAAAUGCUACAUACAGUACAUUUUGUGUUUUUUAAGGUUGUAUGAAAAAUGCAGUUGUGUUUUCAAACGUUCUGUGGCUCUCAACUCUGAUUGGAGAUUUGAGCUACAUUUUGUUGUCUCUUUUUGAACGUUUCUGAAACAUUAUGGAUCUACAACCUUGACAUGUACUAUUGUGUGGGAGCUUUGUCAUUGUGUACAGUUUUCUAUUCAAGAAUGUUUGGGGAAACCUAAAACACUGUAUAUAUGUUUGUGAAAAUUGUUGUAUCUCUUGCUGAAAUAAGUACCAAUGUCUUUUGAGGUAUUGGCUAUUGUUUGUUUCUGUCGCAUUUGGUUUCAGAUGCGUGUAGCCUUUUCCCUUCCCCAUGGGAGUGAUUGUCUCUGGGGGUUUAUUUACAGAGGGGAGGGUUUGCUUUUAUUUUUUUGGAAAUAUCCAAAUAUAUUAUAUUUACUGGAAGAGAGAGACAAACUAUUUUUUAUCUACACACUUCAAUUUGUUUGUGUAAAUGUUAUAGAUAUUAUUCUUGUUUUCUAAAAACAGAUCUAGAACUAAUAUUAGGAGUUAAUAAAAUCCUAUUUUGUUCUGUACAA